GUAUGACGUAUGUCUUCUACUAUAAAUUUCUAGUGCAAUGAAAUAAAAACAAACAGUUUUCUUAGUAAAAUAAACAUAAAUCAAUCUUGACUCUUAAACCGCAACUUAAAAUUAUAAUGGAAUUUCAUCCUUUAAACUUGGCUCAUCAGCAGCACAGACGAGCUGAGGCGCAUUUAAAAAACAACAGAUACGAUGAAGCGAUACAAUGUCAUCAUAAUGCGGCAGAAUUACUUCUCGACGCUUUGAAGUCAACAAAUUCAUCAGUUGCUUUAGAAUCAAUAACUCUGCAACAUAACUAUCAUCUCAAACAAAAGGAUUUAAUCAAAAACAAAAAAGAACAAUAUGUGAGGGUAAAAAAAGCUCUUGAUAAUAUAAAGCAUUUCAGCAAAGAUCCUCAAUUUAACCUUAAUGGUAAUGAUAUUUCAACAUUACAAGUCGCAAUAUAUAAGGCUGUUAAUGAAUCUGAUAAUUUAUUAUGUAUUUUAUCUGAUAAAUGUAAAGGAUCUAAUGAAAAAGACUCAGUUGAUGUGACAGAUGGCAAUGUAACAGAAAAAUCACAGCAAACGAUUGUGGAGGAAGUUCAAAGUCAUAAUCAGAAUCUACAGACAAUGAUAGAGCAACUUUUGCUCAAAGUUGAAGUGAUCAAAGAUGACAAUAUAACCCUGAAGGAAAGAGUUAAUUAUUUAGAAAAGGAACGGGUCAAAUACCUGAAUAUACAAUCUCAGGAUGAGUCAUUAGAGAGAAAUGACUUCUCUGCACUAAGUCUGCUUUCCGAUGGUUAUGGUAAAGACAGUUCCAGAGAACAAACUUCUUCAAUGGGAAAACCAUAUCAUAUAAAUCUUUUUGAAUGAUUUAUUCUACAUAUUAUAUAUUAAUACUGUGUGUGUAUAAAUAUUUUUAGUAAAAUUAUUUAGUUUUUAAAUGUAAAUAAUUGAUUUUUGAUAACCCAAAAUUUUUUUAAAAAGAAUAUUAGCAAUGUCCCAUUAUAAGGCUAACAUUCCUAUUUACCCCUCAAAUUAAGAUUAAAGCUUAGGAGUGGGACAAAAAUAGCCCUAGGGGUCAGAAUUGAACCUGCAACUUUUUCAUUGCUAAGUGGCCCUUAACUGUGCAAUUGAUACUUACUACUAAGUAAUUAAGUUCAUUGUAUACUCUUUGUUAUCUAUCUAAUUAUUAUUGUUGUUAUAUAAUUGUAUCAAAUUUUGUCAUGAAAUAAAAUACAAUAUAUUUUUAGUAGAUAUGUAUUGCAUAUUAGUCUUACACAAAAAUAAAAUGUUACUCUUAUUUUAAAUGUAAAAAUAAAUUUCCCAGUAUGUCUACUAGGAAUAACUAUUCUUAUGUCUCUAAAUUUAUACUUUAACAAACAAUACCUACCUAUUAACAUUUUAUAGUUUUUGGUAACAUGAAAAAUACAGUGUUUGAUAAAGAAUAUUAAAAAAAAUAUCAAUUAUAGACUUUUAAUCUGCGCUAAGUAUUUAUAGAAAAUACUAUAAAAUAGCUAGAAUUUGAAAUUUUUGUAACUCAGCCAAUGUUAAAAAUAUAAAUAUGCAACUAAAUAUUUCAAAAAGCUUUCCUAUUUAUUUAUGUAAGAGUUUACUUUGAAAUUGAAUAUCCUACUUAAUAACAUCUCUAUGGUUUUGGUCUUCAUAACUUGUCUAUCACAAAUA